UCUUUCGAAGCCUUAAUUAUAUUGCAACACUGCCAACACAUGUGAAGCCAUCUCUAAACAAAGCAAAUAAAAGGAAAAAAAGAAGAAGCAAAAAUACUUAUCCUUAUAAGCAUGACCUCUCCAUCACCGGGUCAUCGGAGAAAAUUCUCCGGGAAGGCCCCGUUGGGUUCUGGCCGUAAACACCAGAGCUUACUGCCUGAAAAACCCUCAGGUCUUGUUCGCCGAUUCCUGUCCACUCCUCUGACGCUCAAGCUUCCGUUGCCGGCCACACAAAAUAAUGAGUCUCUUCUUCGGCCAUCGAAACUGCUACUUAAGGUGACCAUCGAGAACAGCUUGGGCGCCAUACAGUUGCUGAUGUUGGGUGAGGAAACCGUCGAAGAUUUGAUAAAGACAGCGUUGGUAUUUUACGAGAGGGAAAAGAGGAGACCCUUCUUGAAGGACAGUGAUCCAAAGUGCUACGACCUUCACUACUCCCCUUUCACUCUCCAAAGGUUAUUUUGAGGCGGUGCAGGUUUGAAGCCAGAUGAGAAGUUAAUGAACUUGGGGUCAAGGAAUUUCUUUCUCCGCUUAAAGCCUCCCACCUCUUAUUGCUGUGAGAAAGAGAGUUUGGCAUUUGAUUCUGCAUUUCCUUGGAUGAUGUUUGUGCAUAUCCUGUUAUAGAUUAAGACCCUACGCAUCUCCUUUUGUGAUGAAAAAUACACCCAUAUUUGUUAUUACAAGUCUUACCGAAUCGGCAUGAUUAUUGCCUUUGUUGUGUACACAAUUUUAUGGAAUAAUAUGAAUAUCUCGCUUGGGGAAGAUCUACUUACCACCAAAAAAGUUUACAACUCUUACAAUCAAUUUAAUCGUUGUUGUUUUCAUCAUUCUAACGGUUAUAAUUUAUUAGAAAUUAAUA